AUGUCAUUAAGCUAUUACGACCAGCACUUAUUUUGGCAGCAAAGAGUAGUUAAAGAAAUCAGCGCAGCCUCGAAAUUUUACGAGUAAUUGUAACUUAACCCUCCUCCGUGAGAUAACAAAAAAUUUUGUUCGCUCACGGAGGGGGUUAAAUUUUUUUUUCGAAACUUAAAAAAAUCCCAAUUCGCAAAAAUUGAGGGCAAUAAUUUAUUUAAUUUGUAAAAUUUAUGUUUUAAAAUGCAAGCUGUUUUAAAUUAAAUUGAAUUAGCUUGAAAUUUCAUUAUAAUAAUUAUCACUUAUAUAUCAAAAGUAUUUUUUCAUAAAAAAUUUUUGUUCUCUCAUGGAGUGUCGGUUUUUUGGCAAAAAUAGCGACUUUUCUAAUGGUUUUGUUCGGAAGUUAGAAACAAUGAUGUUUAUAAACUGAAAUCGAUAUCAACGAACUCAUUCCAGAAAAAAACGCACCACUCAAGGCCUUCUCAUAUGAGAUCUUCUGUCCAAGCUCAUCCUUACCAAUCCGACCCGAUUCCUUAUCUCUAUUCUAACGAUUAUCGCACCACAAACGUUUAUGCAGAAGUUCGUGGAAAAUAUGCAAGACCACCACCUCCUCUCGCCAAGCCUCCUGAAGCAAUUCAAUCAACACUAUUUACGCCUAACGAAAUUAAAUUAAUUUCCAGACCCUCAACUUCAGGAAAUUAUCGGCCUAAGCGAUCUAAAACUCCAACUGUUUCUUUAAGCCACUCUCACAUAGAACCUAAGCCAAUUGAUAUAAAAUCAGCUAAAAAUUACGAAUCAAUCGAAAACCUCACCCAUAAAAAAGUGGUACCUUUUGAAAAUGAUGGAAAAGCAUAUAAAAUUCGUUCAGGAAGAAGCUCUUUGACAAGAACAAGAUCAAGCAAUAGAAGCAUAAGCCAAAAAUCCGGAGAAGAGCAAAUCAUUAUCAUGACUGAGCCUUGCGAAAACAUUGAAGAAAAAGAAGACAAGAAAGAAGAGGAAGCCGAGAAAAGCAAAGAAGAGGAGAAAAAGAGCGAAGAAGAAAAGAUUGGUGAAGGAAUUAAAAAUGAAGAAAAUGUGAAAAAUGACGAAAAAGAUAAUAUUUCAAACGCUUCUUGGAUCACAACAAGUUCUCAUAAGAGAUACAUCGAAGAAUUGGAAGAAAUGCUAAAGGCUGAAAAAAUAAAGAGGAUCCAUGCUGAAGAAGAGCUGAAACGUUUGGCCAAAUCUCAGCAGGCGAAAAGUUAG